ACACUCCAUGACCCGGCUAAACUUCACACGAACAUAUGAGCCGGCUAGCCUGGUCCUGUACCAGUCACUGUUUGGAUCGCUGUGACUUAGGGGUCGCGGUGAGUUGGGGAUCCCGAUGAGUUGGGGAUCGCUGUGGCCCGUGCCCACCUUACAUGCCCCCCACUCUGUUUGUAUUUCGUUCUUGUAUACUUUUUAUUACAGACACAGGAUGAAUGUCCCCGAGAAGACGUUGCGUGAAUCUUACGGGGCCGCAAAAUGAAUAAAGAGGGAAAUGAAGAAAUGCGAGUGAUGCAAGUCCUCGUGACAGCACAAAAACCGCUCCGAGUAACGUCUCGUUACACGGCGUCCGCUCCUGGAAGGAGUAUGAGUCUCAUAUUUAUCUGGGUCCUUGCUGUCUGCGCUGGGGUGAAGGGGAAGAAAUGGCCGCUUGAUGUUAAAUGGGUCUUGUCUGCUGAGAAGGUGGACUGCGACAGCGUGAAAUGGAAAAAGGGGUGCGUGGGACAUUGCGUUAUAUGUUGGAGGGUAAAGAAAUCGCAAGGUGUAGUCGAUACAGAUUCCAUGUCUGCGGAGAGGCGGCAGCAGGCGGACGGUCAGGCGAAGUUCUGCUGCACCCAGAACGUAAAUCCAGGUCGCCCCCAUUCGCCCACAUUCACUGACAGCGACAGCAGCGAGGAGCGCGAAGACCGAAAAUACGACGAGGACCCCGCAGCACUACCCUCUAAUCCAGAUUCACGCCUGCGGAUCCUCGUGCCAUGUCUCACAAUUCUCCUCCUGUGCGUGGCGGCUGCUGUCAUAACCAUCAUUAUAAAGAAACGCACCCACCGGAUUCGGGGACGUCAGAAGGUUCUCCCAGCUGGAGAAGCAUCUCCUGGACAGGUUCCGCAGACGGUCUCCACCAUUUACGCCACCGCCAAUAAUCCCGACGGACUCGCAAACCUGAACAUCUUGGAUCAUUUUUAUGAGGAGAUUCCCAACAAAUCGCUGGUAAAGCGCGACGCUCAGGAAGAUGCCGGUUAUUCCACGGUUGGUCCCUCCAACCAAGACCAGCAGGGUCAGUCUGAAGGACAGAAGCCCACGGAGGGGUCGUACAGUCUGUUGGGUUUGCCCUUUCAAUGAGAGACGGCCCUUCCUGCCCCAGAUCUGAGCAGCAUACAGGGGCCACCGGACGGGGGGGGGCACUGAAUUACAUAUCCGAGACGGGCUCCGGGUUCUUGAUACUUGUUGCGUUGGGGGGGUGUUGGGGGCCACGUCUUGUUGUGACAAGAUACGGGUUAGUAGGAUGGGAUUUUAGCAGCAGCAGCUUCUACGUGUCUUAAUCACCAAUAAAAAAUGUUGCAGGAACUGUAUAAAUAAAAUAA